ACAUGCUGAGAGUCAGAGCUCAGUGACAGGGUGUGUGGAGCCUGGAAAGAAUGCCACAGGAAGGGCUUCUGCAAGGGGAUAACGCUUUGUGACCAGCAGCUGCUGCUAUGAACGACACAUGAGCCCCAGCUCAGGCUGUGACAUUUCUUAAACUAGUUCUCUUCCUGAGUGGAUCCAGGAGCUGGCGAGAGCGCUUGUGGGCUUCCUGGUCAGCCCUCUCCACGUCUGUUUACUAACAAGUCUGGUGCCAAGUGAAAUCAUGCUGGGGGCUCUUUCCAUAAGGUGACAUGUUUCCACUGCAGAAGAGGUGAAUAUGUCCUUGAGACCUUCCUGACAGCAAACUUGAAGCUUUUCUCCUCUUGUUUCCACAACCUACUCCCCCCUCUUUCUAUCCAGUCCUUCUGCAUUGAACAGCAAUUUUCCCAUAUCCGUGCGUCACUGAGAGACUACUGCAUGGCAAUGAAGCAGCGACACGGGAGGCCAGCACUUCUCUGCCUUUGAGAAACACUUUGACAAAGCUGACCACCCCAACUACUGGGUAACCACAGCCGCCACAGGCAUGAUGUUAAGCUUACAGGAUUCGGUGUUUUUUGAGAUUAGCAUAAAGUCUCUGCUGAAGUCCUGGAGCAGUAGCUCUUCUGCUCCAGCCAGCACUGUAAAUAAAAAACGGGUCCCUCCCGUCCACCACUGCACCUUGGAAAGGAGAAGUGUCACAAUGUCAAAUAUUACUAUUGACCCGGAUGUCAAGCCUGGGGAAUAUGUCAUCAAGAAUCUCUUUGCGGAAUUCGCUGCACAAGCGGAGAAAAAAAUAGAAGUUGUAAUGGCUGAACCCUUGGAGAAGCUCUUGUCACGAUCACUUCAGAGAGGUGAAGAUCUUCAGUUUGACCAGGUGAUCAGCUGUAUGAGCUCUGUAGCAGAGCAUUGUCUCCCCUCAUUAAUCCGCACCUUGUUUGACUGGUAUAAACGACAAAAUGGGACUGAAGAUGAAUCGUAUGAAUACAGACCUCGCUCUAGCACGAAAUCUAAAGGGGAUGAGCAACAGCGAGAGCGAGACUACUUACUUGAAAGGAGAGACCUGGCUGUAGACUUUAUUUUUUGUUUAGUUUUAGUAGAGGUCCUAAAGCAGAUGCCUGUUCACCCAGUUCCAGAUCCCCUGAUACAGGAAGUUCUAAACCUGGCUUUUAAGCACUUUAAACACAAAGAAGGGUAUUCAGGAACAAACACUGGGAACGUGCACAUUAUUGCAGAUUUAUAUGCAGAGGUUAUAGGUGUCCUUGCACAGGCCAAAUUUCAGGCUGUGAGGAAGAAGUUUGUCACGGAAUUAAAAGAACUGCGACAGAAGGAACACAGCCCCCAUGUGGUGCAGAGCAUCAUCAGCUUGAUCAUGGGGAUGAAAUUCUUCCGUGUCAAGAUGUAUCCUGUGGAAGAUUUUGAAGCCUCUUUUCAGUUUAUGCAGGAAUGUGCACAGUACUUCUUAGAAGUGAAAGACAAGGACAUAAAACAUGCACUUGCUGGUCUGUUUGUAGAAAUUCUCAUCCCUGUGGCUGCUGCUGUAAAAAAUGAAGUAAAUGUGCCAUGUUUAAAGAGUUUUGUAGAGAUGCUCUACCAGACCACGUUUGAACUCAGCUCAAGAAAGAAGCAUUCCUUGGCACUAUAUCCACUGGUUACCUGUUUGCUGUGUGUCAGCCAAAAACAGUUUUUCCUGAACAAUUGGCACAUUUUCUUGCAAAACUGUUUGUCACAUUUAAAGAAUAAGGACCCAAAAAUGUCUCGCGUUGCACUGGAAUCUCUGUACAGAUUGUUAUGGGUUUAUGUUAUUCGGAUAAAAUGUGAAAGCAACAAUGUAACACAUAGCCGCCUUAUGAGCAUCGUAUCCGCACUUUUCCCUAAGGGCUCCCGUAGCGUAGUGCCCCGUGACACCCCUCUUAAUAUAUUUGUCAAGAUUAUUCAGUUCAUUGCUCAGGAACGUUUAGAUUUUGCAAUGAAAGAAAUAAUAUUUGAUCUUCUGAGUGUUGGAAAAUCUCCAAAAACAUUUACUAUCAACCCAGAGAGGAUGAAUAUUGGUCUCAGAGUCUUCCUUGUCAUAGCAGACAGCUUGCAGCAGAAAGAUGGGGAGCCCCCCAUGCCCACAACUGGCGUUGUUCUUCCCUCAGGAAACACUUUGCGUGUCAAGAAAAUCUUUUUAAAUAAAACGCUCACAGAUGAAGAAGCGAAAGUCAUAGGCAUGUCUGUUUACUACCCGCAAGUCCGUAAAGCUUUGGAUAACAUGCUAAGGCAUCUGGACAAAGAAGUUGGCAGGCCAAUGUGCAUGACAAGCGUGCAGAUGUCUAAUAAAGAGCCUGAGGAUAUGAUCACAGGUGAAAGGAAACCCAAGAUUGACUUGUUUAGGACGUGCAUUGCUGCUAUUCCAAGGCUUAUCCCUGACGGUAUGAGCAGAGCCGAACUCAUUGAAUUGCUAGCAAGGCUUACAAUUCAUAUGGAUGAAGAGCUGCGUGGGCUUGCUUUCAAUACUUUACAGGCACUAAUGCUUGAUUUCCCUGACUGGCGGGAGGAUGUUCUUUCUGGAUUUGUUUACUUUAUUGUGCGGGAGGUGACUGAUGUGCACCCCACUCUUUUAGACAAUGCUGUGAAGAUGUUGGUCCAGCUAAUAAAUCAGUGGAAGCAGGCGACUCAGAUGCACAAUAAAAACACAGACUCACAGCGGGGCCUGGCCAAUGGGGGAUCCCAUACCCUCCCUCUGGAGAGAAGUCCAUUCUCCAAUGUGUUUCAUGUGGUAGAGGGGUUUGCACUGGUCAUUCUAUGUAACAGCCGAUCCUCCACCAGGAGACUUGCUGUUAAUGUCCUCCGAGAGAUUCGGACUCUGUUUACUGUGUUAGAACUUCCCAAGUGUGAUGAAGAAUUGGCUAUUGAUGUGAUGGACAGGCUUAGUCCUUCUGUCCUAGAAAGCUUUAUACAUCUUACAGGAGCAGAUCAGACCACUUUGCUGUACUGUCCAAGUUCAAUUGAUCUGCAGACACUUGCAGAAUGGAGCUCCUCGCCAAUCAGCCAUCAGUUUGAUGUUGUCAGCCCAUCACAUAUCUGGAUAUUUGCACACGUCACACAGGGUCUGGAUCCAUGGAUAAUAAGCCUCUCCAGCUUCAUGAAACAAGAUAAUCUGCCCAAGUACUGCCCAACAGCUGUCAGCUAUGCCUUGAUGUUUUCCCAUACUCGCUUGCAGCUUCUGUCUCCACAAGUUGAUAUAAACAGCCCCAUUAAUGCAAAGAAAGUGACUGCAGUCACCGGCAGCGAUUCCUACAUUGGGCUCUGGAGAAACUACUUAAUUCUUUGCUGCAGUGCAGCAACAUCCACAUCUUCUUCAGCAUCUACUGGUUCUGUGCGAUGUUCCCCCCCUGAGACGCUGGCGUCUACCCCAGACAGUGGAUACAGCAUCGAUCCAAAAAUCAUUGGCAAUCCGUCCACCUCAUCUCUGUUCAAGCACAUAGUACCCAUGAUGCGUUCUGAGAGCAUGGAAAUCACAGAAUCUCUAGUUCUGGGCCUUGGCAGGACCAACCCUGGAGCUUUUAGGGAAUUAAUAGAGGAGUUGCACCCCAUAAUUAAGGAAGCACUUGAUAGAAGACCAGAGAACAUGAAGCGGCGCAGGCGUCGAGAUAUUUUACGAGUACAACUGGUCCGUAUAUUUGAACUGCUGGCAGAUGCUGGUGUCAUCAGUCACAGUGCAAGUGGAGGCCUGGAUAAUGAAACACAUUCCCUGAACAAUACUCUUCUUGAGUACGUAGAUUUAACCAGACAAUUACUGGAAGCAGAGAAUGAGAAGGACUCUGAUACCCUGAAAGAUAUCCGGUGCCAUUUUAGUGCCUUAGUGGCGAAUAUUAUUCAGAAUGUUCCAGUGCACCAGAGAAGAAGUAUAUUUCCUCAGCAGAGUCUACGCCACAGCCUUUUCAUGUUAUUCAGCCACUGGGCUGGACCAUUCAGCAUAAUGUUUACCCCUUUGGACAGAUAUAGUGACCGGAACAUGCAGAUCAACAGACAUCAGUACUGUGCUUUAAAGGCAAUGUCUGCUGUGUUAUGUUGUGGUCCUGUUGCUGACAACGUGGGUCUGUCACCCGAUGGAUAUUUAUACAAAUGGCUGGAUAACAUUUUGGACUCCCAAGACAAAAAGGUUCAUCAGCUAGGAUGUGAAGCCGUAAUGCUUUUGCUGGAACUUAACCCUGACCAGAGCAACCUCAUGUACUGGGCUGUGGAUCGCUGCUACACUGGCUCCAAAAGGGUGGCAUCAGGCUGCUUCAAAGCUAUCGCAAGUGUUUUCCAGCACAGGGAUUACCAGUGUGACACAGUUACACUCCUUAAUCUGAUACUGUUUAAGGCGGCUGAUUCUGCCAGAGAUAUCUAUGAAGUUGCUAUGCAAUUGCUGCAGAUUUUGGAGCCCAAGAUGUUCCGAUAUGCUCACAAGUUGGAAGUACACAGAACAGAUGGAAUAUUGAGUCACCCGUCCUCGCUGCCACACCUGUAUUCAGUAUCUUACUACCAGCUUUCUGAAGAACUAGCACGGACAUACCCAGAACUUACUCUUCCAAUUUUUUCAGAAAUCAGUCAGAGAAUACAAACAGCGCACCCUGCUGGUCGACAGGUGAUGCUUCACUAUUUGCUACCAUGGAUGAAUAACAUUGAGCUGGUAGAUCUGAAGCCUUUGCCUACUGUGCGAAGACAUGAAGAUGAGGUUGAAGAGUCACUGCAAGAUCGUGAUGUGAUGGUCAACAGCAGGCGCUGGCUGAGAGGAGAAGGAUGGGGAUCGCCGCAAGCCACUGCUAUGGUUUUAAAUAACUUGCUGUAUAUGACAGCAAAGUAUGGUGAUGAGGUGGCCUGGUCUGAAAUUGAAAAUGUGUGGACCACUCUUGCAGAUGGCUGGCCAAAAAAUCUGAAAAUUAUUUUGCACUUUCUUAUAAGCAUUUGUGGUGUGAACAGUGAACCCAGCCUGUUGCCUUAUGUAAAGAAGGUGAUUGUGUAUUUGGGGAGAGAUAAGACAAUGCAGCUACUGGAGGAACUGGUUAGUGAACUACAACUAACAGAUCCUGUGAGUUCUGGAGUAACUCAUAUGGACAACCCACCAUAUUACCGCAUCACUUCAAGCUAUAAAAUACCCUCCGUCACCUCAGGAACCACAUCCAGCAGCAAUACAAUGGUAGCUCAAACUGAUAGCAAUCUGGACAGCAGACAUGCAAGGGAUGGUGCUGAUGAUAAUUAUCCCCAUCUUGAUAUCUACAGCGGCCUGAAUAGCAACCUGAAUCGUCAGCACCACAGGCUGGAGUCUCGGUACAGCAGUAGUUCUGGAGGAUCCUACGAAGAAGAGAAAAGUGACUCAAUGCCCUUGUUCUCAAACUGGCGUCUCAAAGUGAUGGAAUACAACCGUGGAGAACCACUACCCUUUCCACCCUCAGGAGGCUGCUGGUCACCUCUUGUGGAUUAUCUGCCAGAAACCACAUCUCCUGGCACGUGUUUGCAUAGGUGCAACAUCGCAGUAAUCCUUCUGACAGACCUCAUCAUUGAUCAUAGUGUGAAAGUGGAGUGGGGGGGAUACCUGCAUCUCUUGCUACAUGCCAUCUUCAUUGGGUUUGAUCACUACCACCCUGAGGUGUACGAGCAUUGUAAGCGCCUCCUGCUACAUUUAUUAAUCGUGCUGGGACCCAACAGCAGUGUGCAGAGUGUGGCAUCUAUCCUCCUCAGGAACAGGGAAUGUAAUGAGCCACGGGUGCUGACUGUCAAAAGCAAUGCACAUCUGGAGUACUCCUUCACAGGUAUCCAUGACUUUAUACCAGAAUACCAGCCUUCCCCUAUGACGGACUCAGGGCUCAGCUCAAGUUCUACCUCUUCAAGCAUAAGCUUAGGGAAUACAAGCACUGCUGUUCCCCACCUCCAAACCACUAUCCUCAAUGAGGUGGACCUCUCUGUAGAGCAAGAUGAGAAGGUGAAAACCCUCAUAGAGUUCAUUACAUCAAGGAAAAGAGGACCAUUGUGGAAUCAUGAAGAUGUUUCUGCAAAAAAUCCCAGUAUUAAGAGUGCUGAGCAACUUACAGCAUUUUUAAAACACGUGGUCUCUGUUUUCAAGCACUGUAGAUCAGGGUUUCAGCUCGAGCACCAUCUCAGUGAGGUGGCACUGCAGACUGCUCUCUCCUGCUCAUCUCGCCAUUAUGCUGGAAGGUCGUUUCAGAUCUUCCGUGCCCUCAAGCAGCCUCUCUCUGCUCAGACCCUAUCAGAUGUUCUUUCCAGGCUGGUAGAGACCGUGGGAGAUGCUGGGGAAGAAGCACAGGGUUUUGUCAUUGAACUUCUUCUUACAUUAGAGUCAGCUAUUGACACCCUGUCAGAAACCAUGAAGCAUUAUGACCUCCUGUCUGCACUUGCUCACACCUCAUACCAAGAGCCAGUGAUGGGCAAUAAACAUGCUGCAAACAGGAAGAGCACUGGGCAGCUAAAUCUAAGCACAAGUCCUCUUACCAGCGGCAACUUCAUGUCAUAUUGUAACAAUGCUAGGAGCAACUCUUUAAGGCUAAGUUUAAUGGUUGACCGUGGACUGGACCGGCGGCGGAGUAACACACUGGAUAUAAUGGAUGGCAGGAUAAACCAUGGGGGGAGUCUAGCAAGGACUAGAAGCCUCUCCUCCCUGCGAGAGGGAGGGAUUCAUGAUCUGCAGCCCACUACUGAUCCCACCAAUCUCAUGGCUACUAUUUUCUGGAUAGCAGCGUCCUUGCUGGAGUCAGACUAUGAGUAUGAGUAUUUGCUCGCUCUUAAGCUACUCAACAAGCUGUUCACUCACUUGCCACUGGAUAAAUCUGAAAGCCGUGAAAAGAUCGAGAAGGUUCAGAGCAAACUGAAGUGGAAUAACUUCCCUGGUCUGCAGCAACUUUUCUUGAAGGGUUUUACUUCCAUUUCCACACAGGAAAUGACUGUGCAUUUGCUCAGCAAGCUUAUAACUGUUUCUAAGCACACCAUAGUGGAUCCGCCCCUGCUUAGUGGGUUUCCUCUUAAUAUUUUGUGCCUGUUGCCACAUUUAAUUCAGCAUUUUGACAACCCAACAACAUUCUGUAAAGAAACAGCUGAAAGAAUAGCAAAGGUUUGUGCGGAGGAGAAGAGUGCCACCUUAACAAAUUUGGCCCAUAUGAUGAGCCUUUACAGCACACACAGUUACUCCAGAGACUGUGGCAAUUGGAUCAAUGUUGUGUGUCGAUAUAUUCACGAUUCCUUUUCAGAUAUAACAUUUAGCCUGGUCACUUAUCUCGCUGAGCUCCUGGAGAAGGGCCUGUCCAGCAUGCAGCAGUCAUUACUGCAGAUCAUCUACAGCCUCCUCAGUCACAUUGACCUCUCUGCUGCACCAGUGAAGCAGUUUAACCUUGAAAUUAUAAAAGUCAUAGGAAAAUAUGUUCAGAGUGCGUAUUGGAGAGAAGCACUGAAUAUCCUUAAACUUGUGGUCUCCCGCUCUGCCAGUCUAGUAGUGCCAAACGACGCUCCAAAAUCCUACAGGGAUAUAAGCUCACCCGAAAUAUCAUUUACAAAAAUCUUUAAUUGUGCCUCCAAAGAGCUACCUGGAAAAACAUUAGAUUUUCAUUUUGACAUAUCAGAGACACCGAUUAUAGGACAGAAGUACGGUGACCAGCACACUGCAGCAGGAAGAAAUGGGAAGGCAAAAGUCAUCGCUGUAACUCGAAGUACAUCCUCCACUUCUUCUGGAUCUAACUCCAAUGCUCUUGUCCCUGUUAGCUGGAAAAGACCACAGCUUUCUCAGAGGAGAACCCGAGAAAAGUUAAUGAAUGUCCUGUCACUGUGUGGGCCUGACUCCGGUCUCCCCAAAAAUCCAUCAGUGGUCUUCUCAUCAAAUGAAGAUCUUGAGGGUGGAGAUCAGCAGACCAGCCUGAUUUUGAGCACAGAGGAAGCCAUUCAAGAGGAGGAAGUGGCUGUCGAGGACACCGGCAGCGAACAGCAGUUUGGUGUCUUCAAGGACUUUGAUUUUCUGGAUGUUGAGUUGGAAGACGCUGAGGGUGAAAGUGUCGAUAACUUCAACUGGGGAGUCCGCAGACGUUCUUUGGACAGUAUUGACAAAGGCGACACUCCGUCUCUGCAGGAAUGUCAGUACUCGGGAAGCACUCCUAGCUUAAACUUAACCAAUCAGGAGGACACUGAUGAGUCUUCAGAAGAGGAAGCGCUGACUGUCAGUCAAAUUCUGUCUCAUUCACACAUGCUUAAUAAUGAUUCCACAACAGACGACAACAUGGCUGACCACGUGGACCACUUCCUCCAACCUCAGGACUCACUCAGUAGUGCUCUGACAGAGGAAGUGCUGCAAACCAGAGCUGAGACCCCCACUGUGGAGGUCACCCCUCCAGAUAGUGCUAACAGUCAGCUGCCUGAGGAUGCCAGCACAACGAUAAAGGAUGAGCAGUUGAGUACAGCAAGUGAGGACACCAGCUCUAAUGCUACACAAGACCAGCAUGAAGCAUUGAUUUGUCAGGAGCCCCUGGAAGUGGAAGAAACAUGUGACCUCCUAGAACCACCAGCUUCAAGCAGCCCCCAGGAUUCUAUCUGCGAUGAUGAGGUUACACUCGCUUUAAAAGAGCUGGAUGAGCGAUGUGAGGAGGAAGAGGCUGAUUUUUCAGAUGUGUCCAGCCAAGAUGACGGUGAACAGGAUGGCUUCGCAGUAGUUCAGACGUCUCCACCACCGUCACCGUUCCUCUCAGCAAUAUUAGCUGCUUAUCAGCCAGUAACCUAUGAAGAUGAGGAAGAAGCCUGGCGCUGCCAUGUCAAUCAGAUGUUAUCGGAGACAGAUGGCUCCUGUGCUGUGUACACCUUUCAUAUCUUCUCCAAGCUCUUUCAGUCGAUUCAGAAAAAGUUUGGGACUGUGACAAAUGAUUCCAUUAACUUCUUGGGAGAAAGCCGUCAGAGAAUAGGCACAAAAUUUAAAAGCUCCUUGGAGGUAAUGAUGGCAUGUUCGGAGUGCCCAACAGUGUUCGUGGAUGCGGAAACGCUGAUGUCAAGUGGCUUGUUGGAGACAUUGAAGUUCAGUGUUUUAGAACUACAAGAACACUUGGACACAUAUAAUGUGAAAAGAGAGGCUGCAGAACAGUGGCUGGAAAAUUGCAAGAAAACAUUCAGUUCUGGAGAUGGCAGUCAUGUUCCCAAUACAGAAACCCAGCAAAUGGAAGUUCUAGCAGAGCUUGAGCUGUGCCGAAGGCUUUACAAACUGCACUUCCAGCUGCUACUGCUCUUCCAGGCCUACUGCAAGCUCAUCAAUCAAGUGGACACGAUUAAGAAAGGGACUGAGGUCAUAAACAUGUCGGAGGAGCUAUGUCAACUGGAGGCAUGUCUGAAGGAAGCAGAAGCCACCUCUGACAUUGGCAUUGAGGACUGUGACUUCUCUGAUUUUUACCAAGCAAGCACUGAGGCUGCUGUCCACUCUCUCAUUGAGGCCAUGAGAGGAAAGGAAUUUGUGUCAGCCAUAGCACAAGUCAAGGCAUUCAGGACUAUCUGGCCCAGUGAUAUCUUUGGCAGUUCAGAAGAUAAUCCCAUCCAAACUCUGCUGCAUAUAUAUUUCCGUCAUCAGACUCUGGGCCAGACUGGCAGCUUUGCCAUUGUUGGCUCCAAGCAGGACAUGUCUAAAGCCAGUUCUAAACUGAUGGAGCUAAAUGUAGAAAUCCGAAUGUCACUACGUAUAGUGCAGUCAUACCAACUCCUAUUAAAAGCCAAGCCUGUCACCAGCAUGGUGAGCACUGACAUUUAAGUAUCUGCUACCAAGAAAGCCUCGAGAAUGAAAGCACUGGACGUCUAAAGAUAAUAUGAAGCACCUUUGACGAUUACUGUAUAUCUUUGAGUUGCAUCUUUUUCAGAACUGUUCUGAUCUCCAGCAAGUGGGACUUUCAGAACCAUGGCCCCGUCUCCCCUCCCUCCCUAAUUCCCCUCAAACUAGCAGCAAAAUGUGAUGGAUGCUUUGGUUCUGUAAAAUUAAUGUGACAGUAGAAGCUAUUUUCUCCCAUUCUGUUGCAUAUAGUGUACCAUCCACAAGCAAAAGGGCUAACAUGAUGUAUAUAAAUAAGCAGUGGCAAUAUGGAGACUGAAUCCAUGAGGAAAGAUGGUGGACUUCUGGUCCAGGUCACUUGAGUCUGAACCCUGAUGAUGUACAGUGUCAAGACUGUCCCAUGCGACAUUGGCAGAUGACUUAUAAAGACUGUGGAAACCAUUGAGCUCAUUAUUUAUGUUUGAUAUGUUUGUCUUUUGUUUUCUCUUUUCCUCUUUUGUUGCCCUGCCUAAGCAGAUGGGACCUUUUGGUUGUGUUCCUUGGUAUGAAUGUGUGUACAUAGUCUCUACGCAUGCCUCAAAGAGUUCUGCAACAUUAUUUUUGGAUAAAUUUUUAUUUUAUUAGAUCUAACAACCCAUAGCUUGUAAAUGGUAGUACAUUUAAUUAUUUUAAACUGAGCUUUCCUCUGUAUUUCUAAAGAAAAAAAAACAAGAAAAAAGAAUCUUAAUUUUAUUAGAUGCUGCUCAGAUCUCUGACCAGUGCUUAUGGUAUAAAUACUGAUAACUAACCAAAAAGUAGCUGCCUGCAGAGACUUUAAUAAUGUAUAUUUAGAUAUAUGCUGCCCACCAGCAGCUCUUACUAGAUAACUUAUUUUAUUCUGUAUAUAUUCUAGGAUCUGUGGGUAAAACCAGUAUUUUUCUUGUAAAUGUGUGCAACGCACUGUUCUGGGAUGACCAGUGUAUAUAGCCUCUGUUAACCCUUUCUGCAGCAGCAUUGAAAGGACACCUCCUUUGGUGGACUGAAGUAGAAUUUGUAUUCUAUGGUAUAGAACAGGGAUGGUCAAAAGACAAAGUAUUGACGAUUCCUUUAUUUUGUUUUUCUUUUCAUAACUUAUUCAUUAUUGAGGGAAUUGUUGAAGAAAAAUGUAAAAAGAAGAGAAAAGCUACCAAAAAUAUAUACAGCAUUGGCAAUAUCAGUUCACUGUAAAAAGGAGGAAAAAAUGCAGCACAACGAAUAAACCAUUUCUGUAUACACCACAAGCAUUAUUAUUUUUGUAAAAUAUAUGAAUGUAGUUCCAGGGUACUUGUGAUGAAAAGGAAUAUUCUGCAUUUUAUACGUUUUAUCCACUGUGAUUAUAUAAGAAUAGAUUUCUUUGCACAAGGCUAUGUGGCCUUUUAUAUAAAGGACAUAUUUGGUGUUGACUUUUGUUGGGGCCAACAGACCCCCGAAAGCCUGAACUGUGCUGUUGAAUAUGUGCUAACUGUAACACUCGGAACUGGUAGACUGCGGUCAAGAAGUCGCCAUGGCUUGAAGAGGUUAAAGGUUAGACACAGAGCACUGUCAACGAUGGCAAGACAUGAUCCUGUAAGCAAAAACCUUUUUGUCCCGUCACAGAGCCACAGGAACUUUUAAGUAAAUGUCACACUGAGCAGUCGCUGCGUUUCCUCCCCUUGGAGGACAUUACGCAGGGCUUGUGGUAUUUUAAAUGGCAUUCUUGGUAUAAAUAUUGCUUACUGGGGAGAGCUAGUUUUAUUUAGCAGUGCAAUACAUUUUUACUUGCAUCAUCUUACCAGCUUUUAUUUUAUUUUCUUUGUUUAACAAUAAAAACCAUUGCAUACGUUA